AUGGCGCAACAGCAACAACAACACUUCCAACAACAGAUGACCACGCAGCAGCAGACUCACCAGCAGCAGCACCAGCAGGUAGCCUCCUCCACCAGGACGGUCAAACAGAGUUAUCAAGUACAACAGCGUUAUGAGACCCAUGUUUCCGGUUCUCACCAAACAGAAGCGCUGCAGUACCAACAGCCUCAGCAACAAACUCAGCAAUACCAGAUGACUCAGGAAACGUCCACCAUCUCGCAACACGCCCCGGUCAUCAGCAGACAGUUCCAGGGCGCGGGACAGCCGACGGCAAAGCCCACAUCUUUCGGACCAGCCAACGCUCACCCCACCCCGCCCUUCCAAGGCUCCCCGCAGUUCCCUAAAAAUGCUACACCAACUCCCUUCGCUUCAACCUUCUCCAAACCUGCCGCUCAGCCUCCCUUCGCUACACAAAACGCUACUCCUGCUCCUUACACUGGCCAACCCCAGUACGCCCCACAAAACAUGACCCAGCCCCAAAACACUCCCCAACAAGCUCCACGCCAGCAGUUCGCCCCUAGACCACAAUUUGGUCCACAGACUGCACCUCAACCACAAGCUCAACAACAACCACAAUUCGCACCCCAAAAGAUCCAGCAGCCACGAUUCCCUCCCCAGCAGGCACCCCAACAAGCACCUAGGCCCCAAUUCACGUCCCAGCCUCCCCAACAGGCACCCCAGCCUCCCCAACAGGCACCCCAGCCUCCCCAACAGGCUCCUCAACCUCCCCAACAGGCUCCCCAACCUCCAAAACAGGCUCCACAACCUCCCCAACAGACUCCCCAGCCUCCCCAGCCAUCCCAACAGGCUCCUCAACCUCCCAAAAAAGUAGUUCCACCACCACCACAAACAUCUAGGCCCCAGUAUACUCCCCAGAACGCACCCUGGGUAAACCAACAGCCUCUCAAACAGGUAACCCGGGUCCAUUUCGCUCCCCAGAAAGCCCCUGAGCCACAGUUCACAGCACAAAGCGCACAGCCACAACAAAACGCUGCUCCCCAACCAGCACCCCAGCAACAGGCUCCUCCCCAACAAACCCCAGCACAGGUCCCUCCCCCACAGGCCCCACAACCUCAGCCCGCUCCCCAGAAAGCCCCACAGCCACAGUCUACCCAACAGGCCACACCACAGCCCCCAAAAGCGCCCCAGCAAGUGGCACCGCCUCAAAAAGCCCCGCAGCAGACGCCUCAGCCUAAGCCUGUCGCUAAAAAGGGCGGCAUAAAGACUAAGAAAGGUCAAAAGCCCAAAACUGGCGCUGCCCAAAAUAAGGUUCUGCCUCAACUGGCCGGCCAGGAAGGACCUCCGGGUGCUCCACCAAAACAUGCUCUUACGAACGGUGAUAUCCACGACCCACCCCCAGGGUAUACUAAUGCCUACUCAGCGCUCCAUGGAGAGUGGCCUCCGAAGGCUGAAAAUGCGAAGAACAUGACCACCACCUACCCCUCGGGCAUCAAGUACAGGGACGGCGUGGAUGGGACACAAGCAAUGAUUGUCACAUCCCAGCCUGCCUUCAAGAUCAGCAAGCCCGUCCGGCAAAGAGGGGAUGACAAGUGGCCUCCUAGGGGCGCCUUCGAGGAACCAAAGAUGGAAGUUCGCGAGCUCAUCAGACCUAAGAAGGCCAGUAAGGAUUACUCCAAGUUCUUCGCACAAAACGCCCUCCCACAUAACUACGCUGGUUACCGCGCCCCCCCAGGCACCCAGCACUUCCAGAUCGACGAAGGACAAGUAAUGGAACAAGGGGAAGAGGAAGAAGAGGAGGAGGAGGAGGAGGAGGAGGAAGAGGAGGAGGAGGACGAGGAGUAAAUUAAACUUUCACGAAUCUAAGCUCAUACAUACAUCCGGCGACGAAGUUUCUUCUAUCUUGCGUUUUUCUUGACUUGGAAAGAAGCUGGCAGACGGUCAUACGGACGGACGAACGGACGAGAAAUAUAAUAUUUGUCUUUUUGUUCCGCUGAAACACCGUACUUGCCUGCCCACUACCCCCACUCCCCCCACCUCCCGCAGCACCUCCUUUUAAGAUCUAAGUUUGACAUUAAGCAAGCAUGCCAAGUCGAAGUACUGCAAGGAACACACACACACACACACACACACACACACACACACACACACACACACACACACACACACAACUACCCUACUAUUCUAUUUCACUCUCUUACUGCUAACUGCCUUUACUACUGCCACUCUAGAAGAAGGAGGAAAAUCACUUCUCCAAUAGCUGUUGUGAGUAAUCCCUGACCAUUAAUCGCGUACAACAUUCGAUCAAUGAGUUCAAUUAGUUACUCAAAAUGAUCAACGCAACCUUUACCUUUUAAGUGUUCUGGAUGACGCGUAAAUCUCUCCAAUAAACUAUCAGCCAACCACUAGAGUAUAUUACAUAAAGUAGUUAUGUUUACUCAUCAUUUGUCUAUUGUCAUGACUAGCCAGCAUCCGUCCGUGCGCCGCGUUAGAUGUGACACAUAUGUUACACUGUCUUCGUCUUGUAACAAUGAUUAUUCGUCUUCACUUCUGUAUCUCUACUCAAGAACAAACGACAAACAACAGAUACUCUGGAACUCGAUCUCACUCCUCGGUCUCUCUAUCUUCACUACCGAAACUUGCACUGCCUCGGUAUCAACGGUGUACCGAACCCCACACGUUCUAUCUGCACUACCAUAAGGGUCUUCUGGAUUGCUACAGAAUAUGAACUCUUACGCGAACAAGCAAACGUGUUAUGUUGAAAAAAAAAAAAAGAAUUGUAUAUUUUCGUCUUUGGUUUAAGUUUUCAGUCAUUUAACUCCUCUGGCUUCUGAUUGUCACAUUAAUUAUUAUAUGUAUCACUGUCUUUUUUUUUUAUCUAUUAAUUAUCUCUAGCGAGACUCUCAAGGUCAUAGUGGAGUGAUCUUAGUGUGUCUUGGCUCUCUCUCUCUCUCUCUCUCUCUCUCUCUCUCUCUCUCUCUCUCUCUCUCUCUCUCUCUCUCUCUCUCUCUCUCUCUCUCUCUCUCUUCGUUCAUUUAGAAGGUAAUUUCGAGUGGAAGGUUUUGUUUGCUCUUAUUCUAUUUACUUAUCACUGUCAUUAUUAUGUAUUAUUUUAUAGCUUAAUAACACGUGAUAAUUCUAGAUCUUCCUUUUUCGAGCACAGAACACCACACUUGUAUACCAACAAUAAAAACCAACAACAA